AUGGAAAAACUGGGAUUCACAAAGAGAAAUGCUCCAAAGGUGCAUGUAUUGAAGAUAGUCAACUCUCCGGGUAAUGAAUUUGCCAUCAUGAACACACUUGCUGUUCAUCCCAAUGACUUUCCCGAUAACCAUUAUGUUAUUUGUGAUAACAGAUAUGUCUUGACCACCAAAACCUCUAACAAGUUAGAGCCAGGUACUGUCGGUGCUUACAUCAAUCAGAGGCUAUGGGCAUCAUGGUCUAUUGGACAGGAAAUACCGGUCUCGUCUUUUGACAUGUUCAAAAGUACAGGCCAACAAUCAUACUUGGGAUCCAUGAACUUGGAGAUCAGUUUCCGAUCCAAAGGAAAAGCUACACAAAGGGAGUUUGAUCAAGAAGAGCUGGCUGAACAAUUUAUUGCAAGGUUUGAAUCUCAAAUAUUUCAACCCACCCAACUGAUGAUUUUCGAAUUUCAGGGAAACCUGUUUGAUAUCGGAGUUAAAUCCGUACAGAUUGUAGAUUUGGGCCAGAUUUCUUUGGACUCUGUGCCUACUUCCACGUCGAUUACUUCAAAGGGCAUAUUGAUUAAGCAAACACAGAUAAAUUUCUUCAAGGGCUCUGAUGGACUAGUCAAUCUAAAAGCAAGUUCAACGAGACCCAAUGCGGAUGCCGUUAUUAGACCGGAUUUCAAGUUUGAGGACAUGGGAAUUGGUGGUUUAGAUUUGGAGUUUACCAAGAUUUUCCGAAGAGCGUUUGCUUCAAGAAUUUUCCCUCCUGGAUUAAUUGAUAAGUUGGGAAUCACCCACGUCAAAGGUCUCCUCUUGUAUGGACCUCCCGGUACUGGUAAGACACUUAUUGCCAGAAGAAUCGGGUCUAUGCUAAACGCAAGAGAGCCAAAAAUUGUUAACGGUCCAGAGAUUCUUUCUAAAUAUGUGGGUUCUUCCGAAGAGAAUAUCCGUAAUCUAUUCAAGGACGCAGAGGUUGAAUACAAAGCCAAAGGAGACGCUUCGUCUCUGCACAUCAUUAUUUUUGAUGAGUUGGACUCCAUCUUUAAACAAAGAGGCUCCCGAGGAGAUGGAACAGGAGUUGCAGACAACGUUGUUAACCAACUUUUAUCUAAAAUGGAUGGUGUUGACCAGCUUAACAACAUUCUGGUUAUCGGUAUGACCAAUAGACGUGAUCUGAUCGACGAAGCUCUACUGAGACCUGGUAGAUUUGAUGUGCAAGUGGAAAUUCAUCUUCCUGACGAAGCAGGACGUAAACAGAUUUUAGAGAUUAAAACAAAGAAGAUGAGAGAGAACAACAUGCUAGCUCCAGAUGUGAACCUAGAUGAGCUGGCUCACGUUUCUAAAAACUUCUCGGGUGCUGAGCUGGAGGGUUUAGUAAAGAGCGCCUCAUCAUUUGCCAUUAACAAACAUAUAAAAGUUGGAACCGUGGGGGACAUUUCAGGCAAUCUGGCAAAUGUUCAAGUAACUAGAAAAGAUUUCUUUGGUGCAUUGGACGAAGUCAAAGCUGCCUUUGGUGUUCAUGAAGAAGAUUUGCAUACCUCUAUUGCUGGUGGUAUUCUGAAGUUCUCAACAACUAUCGAUGAAAUUCUUAGCCAUGGUCAAAGAUAUAUCAAGCAAGUUAAAGAGUCUAGGAACACUAAAUUCAUUUCCCUACUUAUGCAUGGUCCGUCUGGAUCAGGUAAGACGGCACUGGCUGCUUCUAUUGCUUUGGCAUCCAAAUUCCCGUUUGUCAGACUAAUUUCUCCAGAGGCCAUGGUUGGUAUGUCAGAGAGCUCUAAGAUCAACUAUAUUGACAAUACGUUCAGGGAUGCUUAUAAAUCUCCGUUGAAUAUUCUUGUCAUUGACAAUUUAGAAGGCUUGAUCGACUGGGUGCCAAUUGGACCCAGAUUUUCAAACCCUGUGUUGCAAGCAUUGAAAGUGUAUUUGAAGAGGCAGCCUCCUGACGGACAUAGAUUAUUGAUUAUUUCGACCAGUUCCUCGUACAGUGUGCUAAAACAAUUGGAUAUUCUCAACUGUUUCCACAAUGAGCUGGCAGUGCCUAACUUGAAAUCUUUGGAAGAGUUCAAGAGCGUGAUGGAUGCAGCUGAAUUCAUGAAUGAUGAAAUUAGACGAACUGUAGUCAAGCAGCUGUAUGGAGUAUUUGGUACCAACAAGCUGGAUAUUGGUAUCAAGAGAGCGUUGGUGAAUAUUGACACUGCUCAAUUCGAUGAAGAUGAAGUAAACGAACUGGUUGAAUUGAUGGCACCUUCGCUAGUAAGGGAGAACCAGAGCGGAUCUCCAAGUCAUUAUUAA